UAAGGCUCGCCUCGUUGCCAAAGGAUAUACUCAAACUGAGGGGAUUGAUUAUCAUGAUACUUUCUCCCCCACGGCCAAGAUGAUUACUGUACGUUGUUUGCUUGCUAUCGCCGCUGCUCAAAAUUGGUCCCUUAGCCAAUUAGAUGUUAACAAUGCUUUUCUGCAUGGGGAUCUCCAUGAAGAAAUUUACAUGUCACCUCCUCCCGGUCUCCGGCGACAGGGGGAGAAUCUUGUGUGUCGCCUCAAUAAAUCACUCUAUGGGCUCAAGCAGGCAUCUAGGCAAUGGUUUGCCAAAUUCACUGAAGCUGUUCUGGCUGCUGGGUUUAUCCAAUCCAAGGCAGAUUAUUCUCUUUUUACAUGCAAGAAAGGUACAUCGUUUACAGCCUUGUUGAUUUAUGUUGAUGACAUACUAAUAACUGGGAAUGAUCAAAAGGCAAUCUCAUCUCUUAAGCAAUUUCUACAGUCACGGUUCAAAAUAAAGGACCUUGGAGAUCUCAAGUAUUUUUUAGGGAUUGAAGUUUCCCGUUCAAAACAGGGCAUAUGUAUUUCACAAAGAAAAUACACCCUUGACAUACUCAAAGACAGUGGCAUUUUGGGAGCAAAACCGGUAGCCUUUCCCAUGGAACAAGGCACCAAACUUUCUGAUGCAGGUGAUUUACUCAAAGAUCCAUCUCAAUUUAGAAGAUUGGUAGGGCGCCUAAUAUAUCUCACCAUCACACGCCCUGACAUCACAUAUGCAGUACAUGUGCUUAGUCGAUUUAUGCAUGCACCCCGAAUGCCGCAUAUGGAAGCAGCUCUCAGAAUACUGAAGUAUCUUAAAAAUGCACCAGGGCAAGGUCUAUUAUUUUCAGCUGGAAAUAACUUGAAGCUACGUGCUUAUUGUGAUUCUGAUUGGGCGGGGUGUCCUAUGACGAGGAGAUCCACGACUGGGUAUUGCGUAUUUCUUGGGAAUUCAUUAAUUUCUUGGAGGACUAAGAGACAAAAAACUGUCUCAUUAUCUUCUGCAGAGGCAGAAUAUCGAGCUAUGACAGGAGCAUGUUGCGAGCUCACUUGGCUACGAAGCUUGUUAAGUGACCUACAUCUUCCACAUCCAGAAGCCUCAAUUCUCCAUUGUGACAACAAAGCUGCACUACAUAUUGCUGCUAAUCCAGUCUUUCAUGAUAGAACUCGUCAUAUAGAGAUGGACUGUCACUUCAUCAGAGACAAGAUACAAGAUGGCACAGUCUCUACCAAGUUCAUACCUUCUUCACAUCAACUAGCAGACAUGUUCACCAAACCCUUGGGAAAAGAUCCCUUCUUAUCCAUGCUAGGCAAGUUGGGAGUUCUUGAUAUUCACUCUCCAACUUGAGGGGGAGUGUUGGAAAGUAAUCAAUACCCGAUUCUACGGGAACUAGAAUAGGAAAACCUUCUUUGUAAUUAUUUGACUUU